GAUAAGAAGCACAGCAACGGUGGACCUUCGCUCUUCUCUUUAGCACAAGAAAAACAGUCAUGGCUUUAUUUCAGCUUUUCUUAAUUUCUAUAUUAAGCUCCUGCGUGGCACAGGAUGAGGAUAUUAUGACUCCUGUGGUGAAUAUCUUCUCUGAGCUGAAGGAGCUUAAAGCUUCAAUCAAUGGACUGACAGCGGAUCUGAACACUGCUAAAAAUGAAAUCGCAGAGCAGAAAAGCUUGAUUCACGAGCUGCAGAGACAGAUUAAAGAGAGUCCUAAAGUGGCAUUCACUGCAUCCAUGUCAUCUAAACAGAGUACACACCGAGGACCUUUUAGUGACGAGACUAAGCUUAUCUUUGAUAAAAUCCUAACCAACAUUGGCAAUGCAUAUGACCCUGUCACAGGCGUCUUCAAAGCACCUGUUAAAGGUGUGUAUUACUUCAGGUACUCAGGCUCCGCGUUUUCCUCUCAUGAUAUGGGUCUGAGCAUUUUUAAAGGCACGGCACGAUUUGUGUCUUCAUACGAGUAUAAUUCUGGCGAGCGCAACGACCUAAUGUCCAAUGGAGCCGUGAUGGAGCUGGAUGUUGGAGAGGAGGUUCACAUGAGGCUGUGGAUCAGAUCCUGGAUCUUUGUGGAUCGACGGUACAACUACUCCACUUUCACAGGCUACCUGCUUUACCCACUGGAUUCUACUCCUGUAUAAUUUAUCUUUGUGUAUUAUUUUGUAAAAUGCCAAUAAGAAUUGUUUAAAAGUCCUGAAAACAUAGCUAAUGUUUCUUUGUUUUGCAUACAUGUAAUUAAAUGGACAAUGUUUCAGAUAUACAGACAAGAGUUUAUCUUUUACUCUUGUAUGGAACAUUAAUUUUCAUUCAGGCACAUCACUUGGCUGUCCAAAUGGGGACUUCUAUCAUAGACUUCUAUUUUUUUUUUUUUUUUUUUCUUUUUUUUUUUUAUGUUCCUAGAUGGCAAAUUUGUCAUUGAAGAAUAGUUGUGUAAAUGCGUACACACUCACAGUCAAAUAAGCUUGAUUGACAUUAUUUGUAAGACAAAAAAAAAAAAAAAAAGUUUUAUCAUUAAUUUGUAAAAAUUGAAAGUGCAAUAUUGACAACAAUGCCCUGACAAAAUGAAUGCACAAAGUAGAAAUAAACUUUUUUUUUCCUUUGUUUAAUUCAUUCUAAGAGCAAUCUACAAAACAAAUAUAAAAUCUGACAUGAAGCUUCCAAAAUGUAAUAUUCAUUUAACCAAUAAAGUGAUCAAUGUAAUUGAAAAGGAGGGAUAUUUGA